AUGAGGAACAACACUGUUGUGAGGGAAUUCAUACUCCUGGGCUUCAGUGACAAAUGCUGGCUUGAAAUCUUGAUCUUUCUCCUGCUCUCCAUCACGUAUUUUCUGACCAUAUUGGGAAACACAGUGAUUAUUCUGAUCACGCUGGUGAAUAACCAGCUCUACACCCCAAUGUAUUUCUUCCUCCGACAUCUUGCAAUUGUGGACAUUGGUUUCACCAGCACCGUCCUUCCAAAAGCUUUGACCAACAUGGCCAAUGGCCAACGGACUAUCUCCCUACCUGGUUGUUUCACGCAGGUGUAUCUAUUCCUGGUUGUGGGAACCACAGAGUUUAUUCUGCUGGCGGCCAUGUCCAUUGACAGAUAUGUGGCUAUCUGCCACCCUCUUCACUACUCAACCAUAAUGAAUGGCCGAACCUGCUCAUUGAUGGUGCUCUGCUCUUGGGCUGGGGGAUUUUUGCUUAUCAUGGCUCCAGCAAUUACAUUAUUUCAAAUGCCCUUUUGUGGUCCAAAUGCCAUGGACCAUUUUUUCUGUGACAUUGGGCCUCUGAUUAAACUGGCAUGCACAGAUACAAGUCUUCUGGAACUCAUGGUUCUCCUCAUUGCUGUUCUUUCUCUCCUCGGGACCUUGGCUAUAAACAUUGUAUCCUACAUCAAUAUUAUUUCCACCAUCAUGCGCAUCCCGUCAACAGCAGGGAGGCAAAAGGCUUUCUCCACUUGCGCUUCUCACAGCAUCGUGGUCUCUAUCGGCUACGGCAGUUGCAUUUUCAUGUACAUAAAACCAAAAGGCGCCAAUGAAUUAAUUUUCAACAAAGGGGUGGCUCUUCUGAACACUGUGGUGGCCCCUCUUCUCGUCCCUUUCAUAUAUUGCCUUAGGAAUAGACAGGUCCAGGAUGCCUUAAGAGGAACAACUAAGCAAUUUGUUGGUAGGUUUUGUAAGACUCCAAGUUGA